CUGGCGCCCGGCGCGUGCGGCGGCUGCGCGCAGCACCGCACCGACAGCCUGCUGCGCCUCGGCCUGAAUCCGGACAAGUGGGACUUCCUGGUCGCGCUGGCCGGCAAUCCGAACGUCGGCAAGAGCACGGUCUUCAACGCCCUGACCGGGCUCCGGCAGCAUACCGGCAACUGGCCGGGCAAGACGAUCGUGCGUGCCGAGGGCGCCUUUGGCUACAAGGACAAGCGGCUCAAGAUCGUCGAUCUGCCGGGCACGUAUUCACUGCAGGCGGGCAGCGCCGACGAGGAGGUGGCCCGCGACUUCAUCCUGUUCGGCAGGCCGGACGUGACGGUCGUGGUGGUGGACGCGACGCGUCUGGAGCGGAAUCUGAACCUCGUCCUGCAAAUCCUGGACAUCACGGACCGCGUCGUCGUGUACCUCAACCUGGUCGACGAGGCGCGGCGCCACGGCGUCGCCGUUGACCCGGCGCGUCUGGAGCAACAGCUGGGCGUCCCGGUGGUCAGUGGCGUGGCCCGCGAAAAAGUGGGUAUCGAUGACCUGCUCGCGGCUGCCCACCGCGUGGCAACGCGGGCGCAGUCCACUCGCCCUUACCGCGUGGAGCGUCUCACCGGCAGCGUCGAGGAGACGGUCGCCACACUGGCCCGGACCGUGGCGGACGCGUUUCCGCGCGUGCCGAAUGCCCGCUGGGUGGCGCUGCGUCUCCUGAAUGCCGACGAUGCCGUGGUCGCGGCGGUGCGAUCCGGGGAGCUCGGACAACUCGGCGACGCGCCGGCGGACGACGACGAUACGCCGCUGGCCCCGCAGCGCGCCCGCGACCAGGUGCUGGAGAGCGCCCGACGGCUGCGCUGGGAGCUGCCGGCCGACUUUCACGACACGCUCACGGAGCGGAUCUUCGUCGCGGCCCACGAGAUUGCCGCGGCGGUUGGAAUGCAGGGGCUCAAGCGGGCCCGCUUCGACAUCGAUCGGACCACGGACCGCCUGUUGACGAACCGCUGGCUGGGAUUCCCCCUGAUGCUGGCGGUGCUGGCCGUGGUCUUCUGGCUCACGAUCGAAGGCGCAAACGUCCCGUCCAGCAUGCUGGCGGGCUUAUUGAUCGACAGGGUGCAUCCCUGGCUGAACGGUCUCGGCGCGGCUGCCGGCUUCCCGUGGUGGUUGAGCGGUUUCCUGUUCGACGGCGUGUAUCUGGCCACCGCCUGGGUGGUGGCGGUCAUGCUGCCGCCGAUGGCCAUAUUCUUUCCGCUGUUCACGUUGCUGGAGGAUUUCGGCUAUCUGCCGCGGGUCGCCUUCAACCUCGACGCGCUGUUCCGGGCGGCCGGCGCCCACGGCAAGCAGGCGCUCACCAUGUGCAUGGGGUUCGGGUGCAACGCCGCCGGCGUCGUCUCGACGCGGAUCAUCGACAGCCCGCGCGAGCGUCUGCUCGCCAUCAUCACCAACAACUUCUCGCUGUGCAACGGCCGCUGGCCCACCCAGAUCCUCAUCGCCACGAUCUUCAUCGGGGCGCUGGCGCCGGCGCAUCUCGCAGGGGUCGUAUCCGCGGCCGCGGUAGUUGGCAUUGCACUGCUGGGCAUCGUCACCAUGUUCGCCACGUCGUGGCUGCUGUCCCGGACCGUGCUUCGCGGCGAGGCGACCAGCUUCAGCCUGGAGCUGCCGCCCUACCGUCCGCCGCGCGUGCUGCAGACGCUGUACACGUCGAUAAUCGAUCGCACGCUCAUCGUUCUCUGGCGCGCCGUGGUUUUUGCAGCGCCCGCGGGCGCGGUGAUCUGGCUGGUGUCCAAUAUCGAUGUUGGCGGCGCCAGCCUCGCGCAGCACGGCGUCUCGUGGCUGGACCCGUUCGGGCUGCUGAUCGGGCUCAACGGCGUCAUCCUGCUCGCCUACGUCGUCGCGAUUCCGGCCAAUGAGAUCGUCGUGCCGACCGUGCUGAUGCUCACCGUGCUGACCGCCGACGUUGCCGGCGCCGGCUCCGGUGCGGGCGUGAUGUUCGAGCUCGACAGCAUCGAGACGACCGGUGGCCUGCUGCGCACCGGCGGGUGGACGCUGCUGACGGCGGUCAACCUGAUGCUGUUCAGCCUGCUGCACAAUCCGUGCUCCACCACCAUCUACACGAUCUACAGGGAGACCCGCAGCGCCGGCUGGACGACGCUGUCCACCCUGUUGCCGGUGGUGAUUGGCAUCACUGUCUGCUUUCUGGUCACGCAGGUGUGGCGCCUGGUCGCGGCCUGA